AUGUCCUACGUUUACAGAGAUCGUGACCGUGAUUGGGACGACUCUCGUCCCGUCACCAUCAAGCGUUACGUCAUUCCCUCCGAAGACGAUCGUGAGCGUUCCAGAGAGUUCGUGAUGCGCCGCGAUGAUUCUUACACCGGCGACCGCGAGCUGGUCAUCCGGCGCAAGACUGAGCGCGAGAUCGACCACGAUGACCGGCGCUACGACCGGGACUACGAAAGAGAUUACUACGAUCGUGAGUACUCCGAGCCCUCCGCCCACCGUCACUACUCCCGGUCCGUGGACUACCUGGAGAGGCCUCCUCCUCCUUCUGCACCCGUCGUCAUUCGCGAGCAGCCAAUAAUUGUUCAUGAAGCCCGAAACGUCUAUGUGAAUUCCCGCGAGUCCGACUACGAUCUGGUGCGCCGCUCCGAUGCCGAGGACGAACCCUACUACUCCACUCGCCGCCGUGACCGUGAGUACGAUGAGCGUCGCAGCCGCCGUGAACUCAGUCCUGGCGACUCCAUCUCCCAGGCGAGCCGCCGCCGCGGUGAUCGUGACCAGGAUUACAGCAGCGAUGACAGCAUGGUCUACAUCCGCAAGGAAACUGAAACCGAACACCCGCAUCACCGUCGUCAUCUGGCCGAGGGCGCUCUCGCUGCCGUCGGCGCCGCCGAGUUGUACCGCCACCAUCGCAAGAAAUCAGGCGAAGAUGUGAGUCACGGCGUCGGCCGCCUUGGUAAGACGGUGGGUGCUGGUGCUCUGGGAGCUGUCGCCGUCAACGCGGCAUCGCAUGCACGCGAUUAUUACCGCAGCAAGAGUCGACAGCGCUCUCGUUCAAUUGAUGAUGACCAGUACUCUCAUCGCCACGGCCACAACGACCGUGGCCGGCGCAGCCGCAGCCGCAGCCGCUCUCAGUCCCACUCGCAUGCCCGGCACUUGAUUGAACUUGGUCUCGGCGCCGCUGCCGUGGCUGGUGCCGUAGCCGUCAUGAAGAACAAGAAGGACAAAGAUGGGCGUCGCAGCCGCUCCCGAACUCGCUCCAAAUCUCGUGGCCGUGCUUUGAGCACCGCCCGGUCUGAGCCUGAUGCCGAACGCAGUGCCUCCCAACGUCGUAAGCACAUGGCCGGAGCCGGUCUGGCCGGCGCUGCUGUCGCUGGCCUGGUUGAACGUCACCGAAGUCACUCGCGGGCCCGCAAGGGUGAACGCUCCCACAGUCGCAUAAGACAGGCUCUUCCUGUCAUUGCUGCCGGCCUGGGAACCGCCGCCGCCACUGGCUUUUAUGAGAAGAAGAAGGCAGAGAAAGACGCCGCCAAAGAAGGAGUCAGCCGCGACGGACGUCGCUCGCGCUCUCGCUCUCAGAGUGCUGGCCCUCCAGAGAUGUACCCAGACCCUUCUCGCAACUCUGCCGGUUUGAUUGAGUACGGCAACGAUCCAGUCACCGGUAGCAUCCCCGCCGAGCACUACUACGGGCAGCCUACCAGCCCCGGCGGUCCUUACUACUCGGACGGUGCAGAGUACGGUUCGCGGCGCCACAGCCGUAGCCGCAGCCGCGGUGGUCGCUACAGUGGUAGCGAUUCCGGCUCUGACCUAGAGGGUCGCCACCGACGCCGAAGCAAGCAUCGAAAGCACCGCAGCCGCUCGCGGGACCUGGCUGGGGCCGCUUUGGGUGCCACUGGACUGGGAUACGCGGCGCACAGAUAUUCGCAGCGAAAGGAGCGCAAGCAGGCCGAGAAAGAGGGCCGUUACGCCGACGAUGGCCAUCGUGAUCCCUACGAGGAGGGCUAUGAUCCUGAGCCGUACCCGCCUUCUCCUCCGGUUGCAGGCGGCCCACCCCCGGAUCCUCACUACUAUCCCAACGGCACCUACUUCCCGCCGCCACCAGGCUCGACCCCGAAUCUUGGAGCCCCGACUGCGCCGUACAACCCGCCCGACUACCCGCCACCGCCUGGCGCUGCACCCCCGCCACAGCCUUACAACUACGGUGCCGGGCAAGCGCCUGAGCAGUAUGCGCCGCGGCCACGGAGGGCAGAUGAGAAUGUGAGCUUCACCCCUCCCACUAAUCAGUACACGACUCGUGAUGGUCUAAAUAGGAAUGGGAGGUCGUCUCGCCGCCGGUCCCAAUCCGUUAGCCAGCCCAUGCAGUCGAAAUCAGUCUCCUUUGAUCUUGACCCCAAGGCAGAGGACGACGGCUACGAGACGGACGAUAGCGACGCUACUAUUAACAAUGACAACGAUCGCCACCGUCACAACCAUCCCCGCCGCCGCCACCGCCAUCAUCGUCGUCGCCAUUCAUCCUCUGUUCCUCGCACCUCAAUGCCCUAUCCGAGUUCGUCUUCUUCCCACCACCACCACAGUUCUUCCUCUUCGCGUCAUUCUUCCAACGCCAAAAACCAAUCUGAAAAUAAGCCCUCUUCAACAGACUCAGAUUCGACCAUUGAUCUCCCCGACCGCUUCGACUCGCAGGGUCGUCUGCUUAGCCCACGCGGCAGUGAGGAUCCUGCUGCCGCGAAGAUUGAGGAGAUGAUCAAUAAGUUCAGCAAGAUUCUGUUUUGA